GCCUCCGCAGCCGCCAUGGCGCCCGUGGAGCAGUUUCUUCAGGAGAGAAUCAAAGUGAAUGGAAAAGCUGGAAAUCUCGGUGGAGGGGUGGUAACCAUUGAAAGGAGCAAAAGCAAGAUCACUGUAACUUCCGAGGUGCCUUUUUCCAAAAGGUAUUUGAAAUAUCUGACCAAAAAGUACUUGAAGAAGAAUAACCUCCGCGACUGGCUGCGCUUGGUGGCCAAUAGCAAGGAGAGCUACGAGCUGCGCUACUUCCAGAUCAACCAGGACGACGAGGAGGAGGAGGACGAGGAUUAGAAGUCCUGUGUCUGGGAUAUUUUGUAUAAUCUUUAAAUAAAAUCUAGGAAUCACAAAAAAAAAAAAAAAAAAAAAAAAAAAAAAAGAGCAUUUGGACUCAGUAUGUGUAG